AUGCCGGCACAGAUUUCAGCCGAGCCCGGGUCCCCCUCCACCAUGCAGCUCCUGCUCACCUCCUCCUUCCUGCUGAUCGCUGCAGGUCUUGCCAGCAGCUUGGUCCAGUUCCUGACCUUGGUGGGCAGAGAGGAGGCCCUGAGCCAGAACGACCUUGUAGGGGAUACAGCCAUGUUGCCACGGGAUGCCCUGCUCCUCCUCCCCACAGCCCAGGUCAGUGACAAGGGGCUGGAAAGUGAAGAGUGUGCACCCCACUCCCAGCCAUGGCAAGUAGCCCUCUAUGAGCGGGGCCGCUUCAACUGCGGGGCUUCCCUCAUCUCCCCACACUGGGUGCUGACUGCGGCCCACUGCCGGACCAGCUUCAUGAGAGCGCACCUGGGCGAGCACAACCUGCACAAGCGCGAAGGCCCGGAGCAGCUGCGUUUGGUCUCUCUGGCCAUCCCACACCCACGCUAUGAGGCGCGCAGCCACCGCCACGAUGUCAUGCUGCUGCGCUUAGCUCGGCCAGCGCGCCUCACUCCGCAAGUGCGACCCGUGGCCCUGCCUGUGCACUGCCCCCAGCCCGGGGAGCCCUGCGUUGUGUCCGGCUGGGGCCUGGUGUCAGGCAACAAGCCGGGGACCACGGGGAGCCCCGAGUCACAAGUGACUGUGCCCGACACCCUGCACUGCGCCAACAUCAGCGUUAUCUCCCGAGCAGCCUGCGACAAGGACUACCCGGGACGCCUGAUGGACACAAUGGUGUGUGCCGCGGCGGAGGGCGGAGGCACGGACUCCUGCGAGGGUGACUCCGGGGGACCCCUGAUCUGUGGGGGUGCCCUGCAGGGCAUCGUGUCCUGGGGCGACGUCCCCUGUGACACUACCGCUAAGGCUGGUGUCUAUACCAAGGUAUGCCGCUACUUGCAGUGGAUCAGGGAAACCAUAAGGAGGAACUAACCGACCUGACACCUGUGCCCCUGCCUGGGGAGCGGGAGUCCCCGUGGCCGGCCAGCAGCCCCGUCCAGACCUGGGACAGAAGCGAGCUCCCAUCCAAAUCUCAGGAGGCAGCCAUGGUCUUGUGGUACCUGAGCCCCAAUUGGUGUUCAGGGUCCUCUGAGUCACACCAAGAUAAUGCCACCCAUACAAGCUUCCCCAUAGGUGCCUCUGUGAUUUCCUCAGGGGCUGGGUGGGGGCUGAGACACGGGGUGGGCUGGUCUCUGGCAUCCACUCUCUUAGCGCCCUAAACGACCAGAUAGAUGUGUGAUCUCACUCACCCUGGGCUCUCCCCGCUGUAAAAUAGGACCGACCACCUCUCCUGCUCCCCUGGCUGUGGUGAGCAUUAAAUGAAGUCAUUCCCGUGAACUGA